AUGUCCGAGCAAUACACACUGCCAGUGACCCUUCCUCCUGCCCUCAGUCAGGAGGUUUUCAAGACUGUUUCUCUUCCAGCCAGUACCCAGGUGGAGCAAAUGAAGCAGCCAACCCCACUGCCUGCCCUGUGCCAGAAGGUACCCUCCGAGCUCCCAGUGGAGGUCCCCUCAAAGCAAGGAGAGCAGCACACAACUGUGAAGGGGGUACCUGAGCAAGAGUGUGAGAAGCAGCAGCAGCAACAGGAGCCACAGGAGCAGGAACUGCAUCUGGAACAGCAGCAGCAGCAGCAGGAGUCACAGGAGCAGGAAUUGCAUCUGGAACGGAAGCAGCAGCAGGAGUCACAGGAGCAGGAACUGCAUCUGGAACAGCAGCAGCAGCAGGACUCACAGGAGCAGGAACUGCAUCUGGAACGGAAGCAGCAGCAGGAGUCACAGGAGCAGGAACUGCAUCUGGAACAGCAGCAGCAGCAGCAGGAGUCACAGGAGCAGGAACUGCAUCUGGAACAGCAGCAGCAGGACUCACAGGAGCAGGAACUGCAUCUGGAAUGGAAGCAGCAGCAGGAGUCACAGGAGCAGGAACUGCAUCUGGAACAGCAGCAGCAGGACUCACAGGAGCAGGAACUGCAUCUGGAAUGGAAGCAGCAGCAGGAGUCACAGGAGCAGGAACUGCAUCUGGAACAGCAGCAGCAGGACUCACAGGAGCAGGAACUGCAUCUGGAACGGAAGCAGCAGCAGGAGCCACAGGAGCAGGAACUGCAUCUGGAACAGCAGCAGCAGCAGGAGUCACAGGAGCAGGAACUGCAUCUGGAACAGCAGCAGCAGGAGUCACAGGAACAGGAACUGCAUCUGGAACGGAAGCAGCAGCAGGAGUCACAAGAGCAAGAACUGCAGCAGCAGCAACAGGGACAACAUGGGGAACAUCAGGAAGCAGAAAACCUGGAGCAACAACUUGAGCAGAAGAAAGCACAAAGGGAUCAGCAGCUGAAGGAGCAGUUGGAAAAAGAGAAGAAGCCCUUGGACCAGCAUCUAGAUCAAGAGCUCACAAAGAGAGAUGAGCAACUGGGAAAGAAAGAAGAGCAGCUUCUAGUGCCAUCCGAGCAACAGGAGGGGCAGCUGGAGCAGCCUGUAUUUGUCCCAACUCCUGGCCAGAACGAAGAGAUCCAGCCAGUUCAGCGCCCUCUUGAAAUCUUGCUCCCCGCUGAGCAGCAGAACCUGAAGCAGGAGGUACAGUAG